AGGGGCAGGGGAGGACGCCGAGGGGUAGGGGGGGCUGAGAAAACCGCAGCACGAGCAGCAGACGACGCGGGGGAGAGGACCCUUCCACGGAGGGAGCCGCCGCUAUGGGUUAGACUGGACGGACCAUGAUUGCGAGCUAGAGAAGGAGCCUAAAGAUGUCAGCUCCUCUCGGGCCCCGGGGCAGCCCGGCAGCUCCUCCGGACAUGCCGGACCUGAGCCACCUCACCGAGGAGGAGCGGAAGAUCAUCCUCUCGGUCAUGGACCGACAGAAGAAGGAGGAGGAGAAGGAGCAGUCCAUGCUGAAGGAAUCUCCAAAUGAAGAGCCAAAGCCCCAGCCAGCUCAGUGGAAUCCUUUAAUUGGCCUCAGUGAACUGGUUAGUAAUGCUCUACAGCCUCAGGCAAAGUCCCCCACUGGCGAGGACCCCAAGUCGAAGCUGCACCAGCAGUUUGAGAUGUAUAAGGACCAGGUGAAGAAGAUCGGGGAGGAGACUCAGAAGACUCAGGAUCAGAAGAGCGACUCCCCCACCUGCGGAAUCUGCCACAAAACCAAGUUUGCCGACGGCUGCGGCCAUGUUUGUUCUUAUUGCCAAACCAAGUUCUGUGCGCGCUGCGGAGGACGCGUCUCUCUGAGAUCCAACAAGGUAAUGUGGGUGUGCAACUUGUGCCGAAAACAACAAGAAAUCCUCACCAAGUCGGGGGCCUGGUUCUACGGCGGUGCUGAGGGACGCAGGUUUGGGCCCCAGGCCAAAGUACGGGGGUCCAGAGCUGUGGACAGUAAACGAAGCCCGUCAGCAUCCAGGGAUCCGAACGCAGUGUAUAAUCAGAGGGAGGGGUUAGGAGGACUGCAGCAUGUGCCGGCGGACCCUGGCAUGCCUCGCUCUCCGUCCGAUUACGGACGUGACCCGGGCCGCUCCCCUCGGGGCUCCAGGAUGUACGAGGACCCUCGCUGGCACUCUCAGGAUCAGCACUUGGACUCCCAGCUAGACGACUAUGAGCUCCAGCGGCGCCGGGAGGAGGAGGAGGAGUACCAGGCCCGCUACCGGAGCGACCCCAACCUCGCGCGCUAUCCGGUUAAACCGCAGCCCUACGAAGAGCAGAUGCGCAUCCACGCCCAGGUGUCCCGCGCGAGACACGAGCGGCGCCACAGCGACGUUUCUCUGGCCUACACGGAGCUGGACGAGCCUCUGCCCGGUAUCGGCGGGAGACAGUCUCGUCCUCCGCUUCUCGGAGGCCCGGGACAGCGCUCGUACUCAGUAGAUAGGAGUUCUCCAGGCCCUCGGAUGUCCAAUCACAGCCCGCCGACACCCCAUCGCAGUCCCGUGCUUGGCGAGCCGGCCAGGAGGCCGGUCCCCCAGCCGCACCACCUGGACCCCAGCUCAGCUCUGCACAGGAGUAAAGUUGGACGGGAGAAGAUGGACGGCAUGCUGAGAAACGACUCGCUCAGCUCGGACCAGUCCGAGUCGGUCAGGCCGCCGCCGCCCAGGCCUCACCGGGGCCGACACCGCACAGGGAAACUCAGGGCCAUGGGAAGCUUCAGCAGCUCGGAGGAGGAACUGGCGACCACGCCUGAGUACACCAGCUGUGAGGACGUGGAGCUGGAGAGCGAGUCCAUCAGCGAGAAAGGAGAUAUGGAUGGUCACUGGUGGGACCAUGCGUCUUGGCAUAGUGAGGCCUCCCCUAUGUCUAUGCAUCCGGUGACAUGGCAACCGUCCAAAGAUGGGGAUCGCCUAAUUGGGCGGAUUUUGCUCAACAAGCGUAUGAAGGAUGGCACAGUGCCCAGAGACACCGGCGCUCUGCUGGGCCUGAAGGUGGUCGGUGGGAAGAUGACAGAAUCUGGUAGACUUUGUGCUUUCAUCACCAAAGUGAAGAGAGGAAGUUUAGCAGAUACUGUUGGCCAUCUUCGACCAGGUGACCAGGUGUUGGAAUGGAAUGGCAGGGUAUUACAGGGAGCCACUUUCAAGGAAGUUUACAAUAUUAUUCUGGAAUCCAAGCCUGAGCCCCAGGUCGAGCUAGUGGUCUCGCGGCCCAUUGGUGAUAUUCCCAGAAUACCAGAGAGCACACAUGGACAGCUUGAAUCAAGUUCAAGUUCCUUUGAAUCCCAGAAGAUGGGCCCAGCCAUCUCAGUCACAUCCCCCAUGAGCCCCGGCAUGCUCCGCGACGCCCCGCAGUAUCUGUCUGGACAGCUCUCAAGUCCAUGCCUUAGUAGAAGACCCACGCCUUUUGUCCCUAGGGUCCAGGUGAAGCUGUGGUACGACAAAGUGGGACACCAGCUCAUCGUCACCAUCCUGGGAGCCAAAGACCUGCCUGCUCGAGAAGACGGCCGGCCCAGGAACCCCUACGUCAAAAUCUACUUCCUUCCUGACAGGAGUGAUAAAAGCAAGAGAAGAACGAAAACGGUGAAGAAGUCACUGGAGCCCAAGUGGAACCAGACCUUCAUGUACUCGCCGGUGCACAGGCGGGAGUUCAGGGAGCGCAUGCUGGAGAUCACGCUGUGGGACCAGGCCAGAGUCCGUGAGGAGGAGAGCGAGUUUCUAGGAGAGAUUCUAAUAGAGCUGGAGACUGCCUUGUUGGAUGAUCAGCCUCACUGGUAUAAACUCCAGACCCACGACCUUUCCUCCCUGCCUCUACCCAACCCGUCACCGUACAUGCAGAGACGACUACUACAGGGAGAGAGUAACACACGCAGACUACAGAACAAAGGCCCAUAUUAUUACAGCCCAGGAUCACAGCGAAUCAGCGACAGUGAAUUCUCUGACUAUGACUGUGAAGACGGCGUUGGCGUCAUAUCAGAUUACCGGCACAACGGCAGGGACUUCCAGAGCUCUACUCUAUCUGUUCCUGAGCAGGUCAUGUCGUCCAAUCAUCGCUCUCGAUCAGACAUGAUCCGCUCUCGCUCUCGCUCGCCCAGCGUCCCUCCCCCACAGAGUCGAAGUUUAGACCACGGCGUUCGAGGAGGUCCGUCUCAGUACAGCCCGCGCCAUCGACUCUCUGAAGACAGAUACUCUCCUGAUAGCCACUAUCUCACCCUACCUCCUCGAACCAGACACAGACAGCCAAUCAUCGAUCCACCUUUACAGGAGUCCAGCAGCGGCAACCCCAUGUACCCCAUCUAUCGGGAGGAAGCACUCAAGCUGCUGCGCUCCGCUAAGAUGGCCCGAACCUAUUCGGAAGGGGCGUACGGUAGUUUGGACAGGAGGAUGAGGCGGGAUAGACGGUUAUCUGGCUACAAUGACUCGUAUGAAUCUCCUGAGAGACAUUACAAUGGCCCCAACCAUGUCCCCACUCCAUGGCCUAAUCACGUCAUGAACGGCACCUGUGAUGAUUACAGUCGGACCUGUCCCAGGAUAGAAAUUGAGCCUUCCACAGAUACAGAAAGAGAGGAACAGAUACCAGAGUUCCCAGUUAACCAUGAACCCUAUGAGGAGGAUUUGAGGUAUAGCCGUGGCAUGGAGGACAGACAUUACAGGUCCAGGUCAGCUGACCAGCGGGCCAUGAUGGAGAGACCGGUCUACACCCGCUCGCGCUCGUCCGAGCGUCCAGAAUCGGGCUACAUGAGGUCCAUGCCGUCUUUACAUUCCGGGAGAUCAGCCCCUCCCUCUCCUGCCUUAACGAGGGCGAACCCCCGCUCCGGGUCAGUCCAAACCAGUCCCACGAGUACCCCUGUUUCUGGGCGGAGAGGGCGGCAGCUACCGCAGGUCCCUCCAAAGGGAUCUAUGGACAGAAAUGGUGGAGAGGGAGUGCCAGAGCCUUAUGAAGUAGCAGGAUCAGUGCCUCUGUCUGCUGCUCCGCCCCCAGCCCCGCCCCCAGUUACAGAAAUAGCUGCUGCACCUCCACCUCCGCCCGUCACGCAAACAGUCACUGUUGCAGGAUCAGUGCCUCUGUCUGCUGCUCCGCCCCCAGCCCCGCCCCCAGUUACAGAAACAGCUGCUGCACCUCCACCUCCACCCAUCGCACACACAGUCACUGGGGUGGAGCUUCUUGCACAUGCCCUACCCCUAGCCUCAGCACCUGUCCCUAACCACAUCUCCGCUCCACCUGCACCAGCCCCUGCCCCUGCACCACCCGCCCCUUCCCCUGAACCAGCACCAGCACCUGCCACUGUUCCAGCAUCAGCCCCGCCUCCAGCUCCACAACCUCCUGUGCCAGAAACUGAGGAGAAGCCUGUGGCGCCCCCACCUGUCAAUGGGAGGAAAGAAGUGACGUGGGAAGACCAGCAGAAGAAAGCUUCUGUAGAGGCAGUGACAGAGAAUGGAGAUGCAGGUUCGUUGAAGGAUCCAUCCAGGCGAGGAAUGGACAGCCUGUCUAUGAAGUCGUCGGACAGUGAUGUAAGCGACGUGUCCGCUAUGUCGAGCGCGUCUCGGCUUAGCAGCGCGAGCUACAUGUCUGUCCAAUCAGAGAGAGCGCGCGCCACUCGCAGGAUCAGCCGUGGUGACGCUCUCCAGCAGAGUCAGUCUCAGGGAGAGGAGAGUGCUGCUGCUGCUGGUGCUGCAGCAGAAGGGGGGGCAGGAUCAGCUGGUGGAGCAGAUGGGGGAGGGUCUGGAGAGGCACAUGGGGGCAGUAUGGAGGCUCCGGAAGAGGAAGCAGAGGAGGAGCCGGACAGGGCUCAGACGGCCACACCCGGAUCCAACAUCACCAAGAGCUCCAGCGUUGGAGGGGACAUGUGCUCGCUCGGCCGAAACGAUGACGACGAGGACGACAAGAAGAGGCGCUCCAGCUUCGGGGCAAAGAUGGCUGCCAUGGUGGGACUUGGGAAGAAGAGCCAAAGCACCUCUCAGUUGGACCCUGAAGAGGAAGGAAAGAAGAAGAAGCCGGUGCGUCUGGCCAUCCAGAGGAGCGUAGAGACGGGUCUGGCCAUUGAGAUGAAGAGCAGGAUGACGAGGCAGCCCAGCAGAGAGGUGGCUGAGGAAGGAGAGAAGCCCAAGCCUGGAAAUCUCAUCUUCCCUGGUGUAAAGAUCUCUAAAGACAGCCAGUUCACAGAGUUUUUGGACGGUUUAGGCCCCGCCCAGCUUGCCGGGAGACAGACGUUGGCCACACCUCCAAUGGGAGACAUUCAGAUCGGCAUGGUGCACAGGAAAGAGCGGCUGGACGUGGAGGUGAUCCGAGCCAGAGGACUGGUCGGCAAACCUGGAAACAAGCAGACGCCAGCACCCUAUGUUAAAGUCUACUUACUGGACAACGGAAAAUGUAUCAACAAGAAGAAGACGCGGCUGGCGAGGAAAACGCUGGAUCCUCUGUAUCAGCAGCAGCUGCAGUUUGAGGAGAACCCUGAGGGAAAAGUUUUACAGAUAAUCGUCUGGGGGGACUACGGACGCAUGGACCACAAAUCCUUCAUGGGCGCCGCCCAGAUCCUUCUAGACGAUUUAGAGCUCACCAACAUGGUGAUCGGCUGGUACAAGCUGUUCCCUCCCACCUCGCUGGUGGACCCUACUCUGGCCCCGUUGAGCAGUAAGCCUCCAGAGGGCGCCGUGGAGAGCUCCAACGUUCGCUCGUAGCAGCACCAGACUAGCGGUCAGCAGCGGGAAAACUGAGACAGAGGGGAGGAAUCAGGGCUGGACACUCCGCGCCCUGCGUCCACUGCAUGCUUCAUGUUGCGUCCUCUGAGCCCCGUGGGACGGGAGGCUGAGAAACAGGCCCACGUUCCUUCUGCCAAAAAGAGAAACAAGAAGAAAAAGAGACUAGAAAAAAAGGGAAGAAACACCGUAUCCGUCAGUCACACGGGGAUACGCUGGAGCCGAACGUCUGCACGCAAAGCGGAGGGACGGUCGGCCAGGAGGCUUGGUGGAGCUCAGAGGUGGACGACCACGUGGAUGUCAAGACAGAAAAGCUACACAGGACUGAUUUUUACAGACCGAGUUCAACAGAAGCCCAGUUUUUUGGGGUAAAAAGAAAAAAGAAAGGCACCACACACUUUGGUUGUUUUGUUUCUGUUUGUAUUCAAAGGGAUGUCAGUGUUCUUUAUCCAGAGCUCUUUUUGUUUUUUUGGUACGUUUAAACCGUGCCUGCAAGCCAAGCUCUGAAAACAAGAAGACACAAACAUACAAAAAAAGCCAUGUGGACCACCAGCAGCUGACUGAGGUUUGCUGGCAGUCAGACAUAGAGAAGUAGAGAAGCACCUGGAAGAAAAGAUCACAUCAACCCUGAACAAGUACUGUAUUACUCAGUCAAGCCACAUCAGACGAAAUGAUGUUCCACUUCCAUCGACGACAGUAUGAAUAUCGCCAGUUUCCCAUUUUGAUACAGAAAAAGAAAAAAAAAAACGAAAUCUGAAAACAUAACAGGACUUUUUGUGCUCCAGUAUGAUGCUCUUUUUGGUGAUGUACUGUAUGAAAUUCAUGAAAGAAUUUUAUUUAUUUAUUAUUUUUUUGCAUGGAUGCAAAGUUUAGCUGUACUGAAAAAAAAAGAGAUUAUUUUCAUCGAGGCUGCAACUUGGAAAAAAAAGGAGUUAAAAAAAAGGAUCAGCCAUUUUUGAAGUUUAUAUUAUUUUUAAUAUAAAAUUCUCUAGUGCAUGGUUUUCAAGGAGAGUGAAUGCAACAAACAUAAAGACAUGAUUGUCAUCCUUCAGAUCAUGCUUCUGUAUUUUUACAGACGUCAGUCGUAGCGUGGCCUGGGGAACCUUCCCGUCUUGUGUUAUGAAGAAAAAAAAGUAAAAAAAUGAAAGAGACGAGUUCAGGGUCUCUAAUAAACUGACGUAAUCUGUUUCAGUCCGAAGACGUAAGUGAGCCUUACGUUUGUCAUUUAUGUGCAAAUUGUACAUUUUUCUCUCUCCCUCUCCCUGGUGGUGGAGAGAGACUGCCAUGUUGAUUGUGUCCACUGGGGGGCGAUGCAGAGCUGUAGAGUAUUUUAUAGCUCUUUUCUCUUCAGUCUGUUCCAUUACUCCACUCAUCAUUCAUCCAGAUCAGGCAUGUUGAAUAGAAAAGUCUGCGACAUGGCUUGAGCCACACCCUCCAUGUACUUCAGCAUGUUUCUGAUUGGACAGAGCGGUGUGGUUUGUGCGUUUUUUUUGUGUACAGUGCAUGCGGACCCUCAUUCUUACUGAAGUCCAGUCAGUGCGGGGCUUCAUGGCCAACGGUUCAGAAAUUUCAGCAAAACAUUCCACCUCCUGGUUUCCUUUCAGAGAAAAAAAAAAAGAAAUAAAAUAAAACCAACAACAGCAAACAGAGAAACAUGGGGAAACAGAUCUGUUAAAAAAGAAUUUUAUAUUUAACGGAGGGUGACUAGGAGAAAAAAAACGUAAGGUUGCAAGUAUAUUUUAUUUUGAUAUUGUUAUAAAGAAAGAAAAGAAAAAAAAAACAGUUCCCGUUGGACGGUGCAGUAUGUGGACUCUGGAGACCCGACUUGAACUCGUCAUGAGUUUUAAUGCAACACACACUGGAGCGAGUCACACACUGAUCUGUGGAAACGGAGAGAAUUGCCACAAUAUGAAUUUUUAAUUGUUUUCUUGUUUUGAGAAAAUAAAGUUCAUUUACUA